CGUCCGAACAGGGUGCAAGUCACGAUACAAAUAAACGCUCCCGGCCAUGCUCUCGACGAGGAAUUCCUACCGCUCGACGCCGACAACUCGUCCACUCUCGCCAAUCUCAAAACUCAAGUUCACGACGGCACCGGCUUUCCUAUUACCUCGAUCCAAUUCUUCCUCAACGGUGCUCCCGUAGUCGGCGACGACAAGACCCUCGACCAGGCAGGAAUAAAGAAUGGAGAGAUGCUCUAUAUGCUAGUCCGCGAACAGAACAACAUGCCCCGUCAGCAGACCCGUCCACAGCAGUCUCAGCCGCCACAACAAGGCCGUUUCAGCAAUGAUCAGAUCGAAACCCUGCGUCUGCAGCUAUUGGGCAACCCUCAAGCCAUGCAACAGGUCAGCCAGGAAAGACCUGAGCUCGCCGCCGCUGCCUCAGAUCCUGUCCGUUUUCGAGAGUUAUACGUCACUUCUGUCCAACAGGCCGAGGCUAGAGAGCGUGAAAGACGCGAGCAGAUGCAAUUGCUCAACGAUGACCCCUUC